AGUGACUUUUCUGUAGGAUAUUUCUUCCAGUUUUCUCCUAUAUUUAUUUUCCUCCCUAAUGUCUUUUCAAUCUAGACGCGCGGCUGAAAAGAAGCGAAGUCGCGCCUGUUCGCUUCUCUGCAUGUACUCCCAUAUAAGGGAACGCGCGCCCCCAGCUCCGACUUCAGCUGUGUUUAUAAGUGCGUGCUCGUUCACAUCUCGUCACUUCUUUCCCGAGAAACGAGAGCAGCAGAUAACAACCAAACUGACCAUCAUCCAGAAAACUAGAGAGAAGGAAUCAGGGGAAUCAUGAGUGCUUCUAAGAAAAGUCAAAAGAAACUUCAGUCCAAACUGAAAACUCUGGAGUGCCACUUCACCUGGGAUCUGGACCCCGGCAGGCCCAAAUUUUUGAGUCUUAAAGAAAAGCUGGAGGACAUCGGCACAGAGGAGGGAAACAGGUGGCUUGGCCACAUUUACAACCUGCAGGGGUUCAUUCAGUACAAGCUGGGGUUUAAUGAAGAUGCUAAGAGUUUGUUUAGCAGGGCUGCAGAGGCCUUCCAUGAGCUGAGACAUGCAGAUGAGGGUCCCUGGUUAUUGGUGAACUACAGGAACCUGGCCUGGCUGCACCACCACCUGGGAGAUGAAGCAGAGAGUCAGGCUUACCUGUCAAAGAUUGAUGCCCUGAAGAAAAAUCACCCAUCUCCAUCCCAGGGCGAGCUCCAUCCAGAAGUCUAUGCUGAGAAAGCCUGGACCCUGAUGAAGUUCAAUGCACGAAAAAAGCAGCAGGCUGCAGAUGACUUUGAGAAAGCCAUCAGGAUGCAGCCAGACAUGGUGGAGUGGAACACCAGCAAUAUCAUAGGUUUAGUGAGUGCCGCAAAGCACAGCCCAACGGGGGUGGAAGAUGACCUCUUGGAGAAAAUGAGAGCUGCAAAGGAACAUGAUCCUGAGAACCUGUACCUAGCUGCUGUCUACCUUCUGCAGCUUGCCAAGAAAGGUGAAAAAAUUGAAAAUGAGGCACGUGAGUUAGGAGGACAGAUCUUGAGACAUCCUGUCAGCAGCUACAGUGGUAUAAAGCCUUUACUAAGAGUUUACACAAACUUCAUGUCCGUUGAUGAGGCCAUUGAUUUGGCAGAGAAGGCUCUGGAAAAGCAUCCAGAUGAGCGUUAUCUUAAGAGGUGUGUUGCACUCUGCUUCAAAUGGAAGAUUCUUUUCUUCAGGAAAAGUCGUCCAAGAUCAGGCAUGAUAGAAAGAGCAAUCAGUCUGCACAGGGAUGUGAUUUCUCUUUACCCUAAUUCUUCAUUUGUAAAGAAAAUAGACCUUGCAAAUGUAUACGCACAGUCCAGCGGCAGCAAGGCUAAAGCCGAGCAGAUAUACCAGAAACUUCUCAGCAGUAAUCUGGAACCUGCAGAUAAACAAGUCCUUUACAACCAGUUUGCAAGGCAUUUGCACUUUCAUAAACAAGAUACCAAUGGGUCCAUACAGUUUCACAAGAGGGCUGCAGCAAUACCACAAAAAUCCUUCUUCCGUAACGACAGCAUCAAAACACUGAAGAAAAUAAAAGAUACCACAACCUGGAAUCGAAGGUCUAAAGACAUAGAGGAGUUUCUGGCUAAGCUGCCAGAGUAGUGUUAUCUGCAACGCUCGAUGUAGAAAAGUCUGUAAGUACUUAUUAAUCUAAUUGUAUAUUAGAAGUACUUACAAAAACAUUCAAUUUAGAUGGAAGAGAUACAUUUAGAAUGAUGAAUAGGCACAAAUUACUUUCAAGCAAAUCAGUAAUUUGACAACUUUUCCAUUAUAAAGUAGAUGAUUUUCCCCCAAGUCUCAUUCUGAUGCAUCCCAGAUGAUGCCUAAAUAGUCAGGACACUAAAACUAACUCUAAACCCAUCAUAUUUUAUACAAAGUCACAUUACUGAAGAAAAAACAAGUUUUUAAGUACACAAUGUUAGGGUUGUGUAAAAGGUAAUGUAAUAUAUAAAAAGCUAUUUUCUACCCUGCAGGGUUUACAUUACGUGUGCUUUUUCAUAUUGAAUUGAUGCAAUGAUGUUUUUCUUAACUCUUAUGAAGCCAAGGUGUCAAAGCUUGUUUUCUUUUUUGUUUUCAAAAGUUUUUGUGUAAGAAAAUGAAUAUGUGAAACUUUAUUUGCUCUGAACUUUUAAAAGUUAAACUUUUUAUCUGGGACAAUUUCAGAGUGCGAUCUGCAAAUGUUACUAAUAUAAAGUAAAACUUUAUUUUACAUGCCUGACAUUACCUUGGAAGAAGCUGUAGAAGCCAUUGUAAAUUAAUUUGAUGGUGCGUGGAAAUUUUUCUUUGAGUUUAUUUCCGCAUCUUGAUGAAUGCUUCAUGACAAUGUUCUAAUUUAAGCCUGUUUUGAGUUGUUUUUUUGUUUAAGAAUUUGGAAAAAAAUAAAAGGAAUGGUGGAAGUUUCAA